UUGGUGUUUGUCAAAGUGUUUCAGCAUCAUUAUAUGAAUUUAUAUCUUACCUGUAAUACAAUGGACAGAAAAGAUUCCAGACAAGAAUUAAAUACCAAAGACGAGGUACUAAAAAAAGCCAACAAAGAAGAGCUCGUAUCCCGACCUGAGAAAGGUCAAGGUGAAAAGAGAGACGCCAUUCAGAGCAAAGAAACCCAAGAUGACAGAAAGGAAAAGAUAGAUGAUUCUGAUUUUGACCAGGAUGUUUGUAAACUUUUGAGAAAAAUAGGGGAAGGAACUUUGAUAUCUUUGUUUGUCAAAGAAAGGGUUACCAUGGAGAUUUUUGUGGAGCUAAAUCACGCAGAUCUUCGUGAGCUUGGAGUCAGUACAUUUGGUCAAAGACACAAGAUAUUAAAGGCAAUAAAAGAAUACAGAGAGAAGAGGGAGAAGAAACAGAAGAAGACCUUAUGUAAACUUCAUCCAUUUAAUACUACAUGUCCAGGACGAAAACGGAAGAGUCACCAUCAAACCAGUUAUGGACAUCAAUGCAACAUUACCAAGAAAAUGAAAGCAAAAAUCCCAAAAGAAUUACCUGUAGUGACGUCAACAGCUUCCAGUAUACAACCUUCAGCUUCAGUAAUAACGACAGCCUCUUCAUGUCAGACGACAGUUACCCAAUCUUGUCACACCCUGAAUGUGUCAACUACCACAUCAGCUUUACAUAAUAAUAGAUCAUCAAUAACUGUACCAACAACGUUACCAACAACUAACUUAGCCAUAACACAUGGUACAACGUCAACAGUAACAACAACUAAAAUGCCUAAAACAACACAUGGAGCAACAGUACCAACAAGUAACAUAGCAACAUCAACAAAUGGAUCAGCAUCAACAUUACCGAUAAUUAACACACCAAUAAUAAGAAAUGGGACAUCAACAGUACCAGUAACUAGCAUGGCUAUAACAACAAAUGGUACAACGUCAACAGUAACAUCAACUUAUACUGCAAUAACAACAUGUGGUUCAACAUCAACAGUACCGACAACUAAAUUAACGUCAAUCAUUGGAACAUUGCCAACAGCAUUCCCUGCAAUAUCAAGCACCUUAUCAUCUUCCUCAGUAGCAACACCAAUAUGUUCAGCAGCAAUAUUUUCUCAAGUGACUUCCAGCUCAUCCAAUCAGGUUCCAAGUUUCUCAAUAACAAGCACCUCGUCAAGUCAAGUUGUAACAACAUCCAGUAUUGGGAGUAUUGCCGUCUCAAGUCUUGUAACCCCCACCAGUAAUAUACUGAGUACAGUAUCAACCUCGUCGACGAUAACAUCAAACUGUGCAGUAACAGUGCCUGUCAAUAACGUACUUGCAACUCCAAAUACAAUCACAGACGAGGAAAACAAUUUUCUACGUUAUUAUCUGUUAGCCCAGCUUGGUACACAUGCCCUUAGAUUUCUGUUUAACUCGUUUGUCCCACCUGUGACAUUGACCAGUCACCUGAAGAAAGAACAAGCAAAGUUAAAGAAGCGCUGUAAUCCUCAACAGUUGACCGUCUUAUAUCCAGGUAAUAAAUAUAGAAUCUCCCAUAAUUUGUAGUUGG